UUCUACCCGCGCUACGUGCUGCCUCUCGCCUUCGGCAAGUACUUCGCGUCGGUGUCGGCGCACGUCAGCAUCUGGAAGGUGCCGGUGUCCUACGCACACACCGUCAAGGCCACCAUGCCCAUCUGGGUGGUCCUCCUGUCCCGGAUCAUCAUGAAGGAAAAACAGAGCACCAAGGUGUACCUGUCACUGGUCCCCAUCAUCAGCGGAGUCCUGCUGGCCACUGUCACAGAACUGUCCUUUGACGUGUGGGGGCUGGUCAGCGCCCUGGCAGCCACGCUGUGCUUCUCCCUUCAGAACAUCUUCUCCAAAAAGGUGUUGAGGGACUCUCGGAUCCACCACCUGCGGCUGCUCAACAUCCUAGGCUGCCACGCCGUGUUCUUCAUGAUCCCCACGUGGGUCCUGGUGGACCUCUCUACUUUCCUGGUCAGCAGCGACCUGGCCUAUGUGUCUCAGUGGCCCUGGACACUGCUGCUCUUAGCGGUCAGCGGAUUCUGCAACUUUGCACAGAAUGUCAUCGCCUUUAGCAUCCUUAAUCUCAUCAGUCCACUCAGCUACUCAGUGGCUAAUGCCACCAAGAGGAUCAUGGUCAUCACUGUGUCCCUCAUCAUGCUGCGUAAUCCAGUGACCAGCACCAAUGUGCUGGGCAUGAUGACUGCCAUCCUUGGCGUCUUUCUGUACAACAAGACCAAGUACGAUGCAAACCAGCAGGCUCGGCGCCACCUACUCCCAGUGUCUACAUCAGACCUGAGCAGCAGAGAGCACCUGCGGAGCCCAGUGGAGAAGCCCCACAAUGGUGCACUGUUUCCCCAGCAAGGUGACUUCCAGUACCGCAACAUUCUCCUCACAGACCAUUUCCAGUAUGGCCGCCAGAGCCAUCUGAACUCCUAUGCCCUCAGUCGCCAUGAUGUGUAGGGGCCCACCAGGCCAGGCUUCCUGCACCUCCUCCCCAAGCCCAGCAGCUGAGCACAUGGCAAGCCAGCAGUGGAGCCUUGGAUCCUGAUGGACUGUGGGGCAUGACCACAAUAUGGACAGGCACUGGGCAGAGGGAGAGCCACAGAGAAAUCCUGGUUCAUGCUUCUGCUCAGAGAACACACUCUGCAUUGGUACACAGGGGUGCUCCCAGUUCACUGCAGAGGUCUGAUCUGAACUUCUGGUGACAACAGGGACCCACUCUACAGAACUAGCCUCACGGUGGCUGCAGUCAGCAGGAAGUGGGAUCUGGGCCAUCAAGGUGAGGACAGCAAGGCUGUAGCCCAGAGGUAUGGAAGGCUGACACAGGUACCAUUACCUGUCCCCAGCAACAGAGCUCCAGGAUGUCCCAAGGCAGUUGGCCACUUGCAGCUAGUGCUGACCUGGGGCGAACCUACAGUGACCAUCGGUUCAUCAGCCAUUGUUGUGACUUUCCUCUGCCUUGUGGGUGCCAGAACAGUACGCACCGCUCCACUCCGGACCUGAAUGCUCCUUGGACUCUAGAAGAGGUGGCUAUCUGGUGUUAACCUUGGUUGUAGCUCUACCCUUCUGAUGCCACAGAAGGCUGGGUGAUGGUGAUGGCAAUAUCCCCAGGACCUUCUCUGGGGAGCAUCUUGUUGGCUAUGGGAGCUUUGAAGUCUAGGUCCUGGCAGGUACUGCACUAGGGCUAGCCAAUGGGUGGAAACCAUCUUGACUCAUUUCAAAAUAUGGGACAUUUGUUGCUAGAGCAGUCCAUCCUGAAGCUGCAUCCACAGUAGCAGAGGGUGGAAUUCACACUCCAAAUACAGCAUCGCUUGUCAGUAAGGAGAUGGCAUGUGGGUCAGAAUCUGGUCUAUGUCCCAGUGGAUGGGACAGCAGGCAAAUCUUAGUUUUUUAGGUAAGAGUCAGUUUGAGGCUGGGUUGGUAUGUGCCUGCCUCAUAUGUGCGUCAGUGGCUUCUGUCCCCAUCGUUACAGAAAGUAGCAUAGUGGUGCAGGCCUGCUUUCCAAGCACUCUGGAAGCAAGGUCAGGGUCCCCAGCUACAUUGUGAGUUCCAGACCAAAUGGGUUACAUGAGAGCCUAUCUCAAGAGAAAGAUCAGUUUUAGGGACCUGACGUCAUGGUACACAUCCAGGGGCUGAGCAAGGAGGAUGGCCAUGAGUUUGAAGCCAAUCUAGGCUACAUAAUGAGGCUGUCUCAAAAGAAACCAAAAAUCUGGGGGCUCAUCGUAGUGGCCUACACCUAUGGUCCUAGCUACUCAGGAAGCCAAAGCAGGAGACACUCCCAAGCCUGUGAGCUCAAGGCCAGUGUGGCAACGCAAGGAGAACCUGUUGGUAAGCACAAGUGUGGAUUCUGAUAUGUGCACAGCAGGUAAAUGGUAGGACCCAAGGGUUGUGACAUGUUUUCUCUGGCGGUCAGGGGCAUUAGCUUGGGGUGUCUAUGGGUUUGGGAUUUUGUUUGUUUUUGAGACAGGGUCUCACAAUAUAGACCAUGCUGGUCUCAAAUUCAUAGAGAUCUACCCGUCCCUGCCUCCUGAGUGCUGGGAUUAAAAACCUGUACCGCCAUGCCCACCUGGAGACAUCCUCAUUAAGGCUCCCAGAUUGAACUUCAACUCUUAGCAUUCUUCUUAGCAUUCUUUGUGCCUCUGUCUCCAUCUCUAAGCAUUGAGCUGACAAGUGUGUCAUGGUGCCCCAGUUCUUAACUCUUGGUUUGUUGGAUCCCUCUGCUUUUGAUUAAUUGGAAUUUUGUGUCUAAAGUUAAGUUCAUUGGCAAUGCCAGCAUUGGGGCUGCUUGCCAGUUUGCAGAUGUUCAGAGCCCACCACUGCAGUGGGAAGGAGCACCUUGGUAAGGUGGUCUGGUGGGUUUUCUUCACUGGGAAGACAUUGAGACACCUGGCACUACAGAGGUCUCUGUGGGUGUUCCUGGCUGUGCUAAACUCAGAAUGAAUUAUGUCUUUUUGGAUUUCUAUGAUGUUGCUAUAAUAUGUAUAUUAAUGCAUUUUUCCUUUUCCAAUGUGAGGUUUGUCAGGAAGGGAAAGGCCCAUCUCACUUUUCUUACAGUUUAUAAAUUAAUAAAUGGGAUAUUUAAUUCUGUUCAUAGGCUGGCAGCAGGUGUGAACACUGGAAUGGAUGAGACAAUCAGGUAGACCAGAUGGCUGCAGCUGAGUGGGUACAUGAAGCCCUGGGCUCCAUCCUCAGCACCACAUAAACGGGGUGGUGCACCUGUUACCCAACAAUCAGGAGGCUGAAGCAGUUAAAGAGCAGGAGUUCACGGUCAUCUCUGGCUAUGCAGAGUUUGAAAUCAGCCUGGGCUACAUGCAACAGAGCAGACUUGAUGAUCCACAGUUUACCUUGUCCCAUUUAAAGUCGUAUUAGCCCUCUGUCUUGCACCCCACCACCACCAUGUUCACCUCUCCAGUUUUGCCUCAUUCCACUUCUCUAUUGUGUUCACAUAAGAGUUUAGGUUGCUCUCUCCAUUCACCCUUUGAAAUGGCCUGGCCAAAACACUUAUCCUGACCCACUCAACCCCAACUCCUUCAUUUUGCAGAAGGGGAAAUGGGCUUAGAAUUAGAAUUCUCAGCCAGGCGUUGGUGGCACACGCCUUUAAUCCCAGCACUCCGGAGGCAUAGGCAGGGGGAUCUCUGUGAGUUCGAGAUCAGCCUGGUCUAUAAGAGCUAGUUCCAGGACAGCCUCCAAAGGCACAGAGAAACCCUGUCUCGAAAAAAAAACAAACAAAAAAAUAAUUCUCGGGGUGGGGCUUCUUUUAGUUAUUUAUCUCUUUGAGGUGAUGUCUGCCUGUGUAGCCCAGGUUGGCUGUGGAUAGGAGGCAGCCCUCCAGCCUUGGUGCUGAGGUGACGAAUGACUAACACACCCAGCACCUUAUUUUAUACCAUUCUGGGGAAGGAGAUGAGCCAGAUGUAUUGAGGCAGAGAAGUACUUGAGACUUAAUUUCCCUGUGUGUUAGGAAGACUCUGGGCAGUUAGCUUUUCACAACCAGAUUCCAAACUCCAAAGCCUCAGGGUCUGAAAUGGGAAACUCAUGUUCUUGUUUUCCAUUGCCAUCAUCCUGAGGCUCCAAUGUCAUAGACUGUUCUGUGGGAAUAGCUGUGUGCUUGGUUGGCAUUCGCCAGAAAUAAACGAUGGUUUGAGAUUGGCAA